GCUAUAACAUUGAUUUGCAAAUGAGGAAAUUUUGCAGCUUGCUUGAUCUCGAAAAAUCUCACACAGAAACAAGAAUAUUCCAUUAUUAAAUCGUCUUUCGGCAAAGGUGAUAGCUGGGACAGGUGUAAAAUGCGCCAACGGCCCAAACUCUCGCUUUCGCUGCUUUAAAUAUGGUUUAAGGAAUAGCGAGCUUUUGAAGUUUUACGAGUUCUACAAUGGCGGACGAUGUCGGGAGCGGCGGCGCAGUUUCCUCGAAGAAUAUAUUUGUUGGAUCUGCCCUGGCAAUAUGUGGAAACUUGCUGAUCAGUGUUUCCAUGAAUAUCCAGAAAUACUCCCACAUCCAACAAGAAAAAUCAAACAAUGAAACCCAUUAUUUAAAGAGUAAAGUGUGGUGGUGUGGCCUAAUUCUCAUGGUUCUAGGGGAGGUUGGCAAUUUCUCUGCUUAUGGUUUUGCACCAGCAUCCCUUGUCGCCCCUCUUGGGACUACAACUGUGAUCGCAAAUGCUGUAAUUGCUGUUAUCUUCUUAAAGGAGAAAAUUCGAUAUCAAGACGUUUUUGGUGUUCUUCUGGCCAUUGUUGGUGCAUUUCUGCUUAUAACUUUUUCAACUAAAGACUAUGCUGAGCUAACAGGGCAAGAGCUUGCAUUUUAUAUGAAACAGUGGCCAUUUCUUUUCUAUUUGGGAGUUGAAAUAGUGGCCUUCUGUGUACUACUGUAUGUUCAAAUGAGAUAUAACCUGGAGAACGUGGUUGUGUUUCUAUUGCUGGUGGCUCUUUUAGGUUCUCUAACCGUGAUAUCUGCUAAAGCUGUGUCAUCCAUGAUCAACAUCACUCUUGGUGGUGAUAACCAACUUGGAUAUCCGCUACUCUACAUCAUGCUUAUCGUAAUGGUCACUACUGCCAUAGCGCAAGUCAAAUUUUUAAACAGAGCUAUGAAGUCCUUUGAUGCAACUGUCGUUGUGCCUACAAAUUUUGUUCUCUUCACAAUAAGUGCAAUUAUUAGUGGUAUUGUUUUAUAUAGAGAAUUUUAUGGGCUUACAUUCCUGGAGAUAUUUAUGUUUUUGUUCGGGUGUGUUUUGUCAUUUAUUGGAGUGUAUUACAUCACCUCUGACCGUAAGUUGGCACAGUCAGAGGGCCAGAUGCUGCUUACCAAUGCCGAACUUUUUCCAGGUUUCUUAUCCAUAUCAUCUUCCAAGCUGAUCGCUGUACAGCCAGCCAACGCCCUAACAUCAGGGGGUGAGGACUACCCCAUGCUUAUGGCAAAGACAAGUCAAGACAGUCUGUCAGACACAGAGAGCUCCCCCCCAGUUCGACGUGCAUCCUCACAGCCAAAAAAUAACCAACUAAGACAGCAAUCAACGACUGAUCAACCAGAAGAAUCUUCUGAACCUGCCCAAACACCUCCAGAGAGGUAGUGAGAGCUUGAUGUCUUGUUACUAGCAUGCUGUUUUAGUACUACUUGGGUUGCAGCUGUCUUUGUAUGAUUAGGAAGUAUGUUUUCUCGCAAAGACAAUUCUGGGCUCUUAAAAGCUAACAGGUGUAGGGAGGGAAAAAAUUGAAUUAUUCAAAUCAAACCAAUUUUUAUGUACUGUUUGGGUCAUGGUCAUCUUGCAUGAGAAAAUUCAUAAAUGAUACAUAGAAUCGAAUUCUAGUAUAAAAUAUCAAUACAUAAUUGAGAUAUAAUGUUCAACAUUAAUGGGGCUUAUGCCUUAAGCUAUCACAAAUUUCUAAAAUUUUAGGUAUGUUUACAUUAAAAGGUAAGAUUUGUAAAUAUUAUAUAAGAUUCUGUAGGAAUCAUCUUUACUGUUGCAAGUUUCAGUCCUUUAAAGAUUAAUUUAUUUAAGAGUUAGGCUAAGUUCAAACGUCGUAUUAUCCAUGAGCCAUAUUCAAUGCAAACAUACCUGCGUUAGGCUGAAACCUCAAGAUUUUGGACAUCUUCUCCCACUCUCCUGCAUGGAGCACCAAAUCUCACGAUUUUUAUCACUUCCGAAAAACUAUUUUAUAGAAAAUCGACAUUUUGCCUAUUUUCUAUUAAAAUAAUUAGAACAAUAGUUUCCUUACGUAGCACAAUUUAUCUAACACCCUCGUGAGAUCUAUAAGUGGAUUUGUGUGUGAGAGCUUUAUAUACAGCAAAAGCCUGCGAUAAAAUACCCAACCCUUCCCCCCCCCCCCAAAAAAAAAAAAAUUUCUCAAGUCUUGAUAUUUUCGGAGGUUAACAAGUAUGGUGCAAAUGAAUCAAGUUGAUUGUUUCAUCUUUAUUUGCAUGCAUUUGCAUUGAAUACGGCUCAUGGAUAAUACAACAUUUGAACUUAGCCUAAGAUAAUUUAAAUCUGUGUGCUAGACAAGGCUAGACUAAGUAUUUAGGGACUGUAAAGGAUGUAAAAGGCCUUGCCAAGAAAGAUUCUUUACCAGUAAGUGUCAAACAGCAAGGACCUGACUGUGAUUGGCUAAUAGGAUCCCCAUCCGUCAAUCAAAAUGUUGAAUUUCAAGACAGCUUUCAGUCUCUUGUUGCUUCUACAGUAGCCUAGUGCUGUGAAUAUAUUUAUUGGGUUAUGUACAGUAGGCAUAUUAUUUAGCUUCUUCAGUGUCAUGCUAUAUCAAUAAUAACGAUGUGCUGUAACUAUCUAAUGUAAUGGUUUGAGCUCAUCCAAUUCACCAAUUACAAGAAAGUCUUGCUGAA